UUUUACAUAUGAAUGUACGUUAUUUGUUGGAAUGGUUGACGUAGACACAAACUUUGAUCGCAUUCGGCGAGGUGUGUGGGUUGGACCUAAUGCUGCCAAGCCUUAUGUUGAGUGGAAUGACUUGUCCAGAGUGUUGACAGAUCUCUUAAAAUGGGCUCGAUCACCAGAGUCACGUGAGAAGUUUGAUGAGGUAAUGUACGACAGUUUGAAGUCGUUACUCAAAGCUGCUAAUAAUGAUGUCAAAAACAAGGUAGAGAACCUAUCCAAGUUGACGCAGCGUGAUGUAGAUACAGUAACUGUGACGAUAAUAGCCACAGCUAAUAUUAUCAGACUUCUGCGGAACAGUGUCAUCAACCUUCCCCGCAACCAGUUCCUUCAAGUUAAAACAGGUCUCUUGGACUGUAUCCUGGACAGUGUUUACUUUUACCAUGACGUAGGAACAAAGUGUCACCGUGUCAAACACAAGAUACCCUACGUUCUAACCUAUACUCCACUUUGUAUCGAGGUGAUCAGAGCAGCCCUCCAGUUAACCAGUAACCUGUGUGUGGGUAAUCACGCAGUACAGGGCGCCGUCUGGGCUCGUCUCUAUCCGGGGAUGUUCAACACUCUUCUCAACAGCAUCGACAAACAAGUCAAGAACUAUGUGUGCGCUAUACUGUUUCAUUGCACUGCUUGGAAUGGGAGCGCUGCUCUUGAGGAGAUGAUGAACGGAGAAGAAGGAAAACAGAUGAUAAGACAGUGUAUCGGACUAAUCCAGCCGCCCAAUAGCUUGGAUUGGGCACAGCUAUUUGUGGAGGGACUUAUUUGUGUGGAGCGCUUCACAUGUGUGUUCGAGAUAUGCAAGGAUGAUAAUCUUGUCUUUACUCUGUUAGAAGUGCUAUCAGAAAAAGUAAAAAGUGCACCAAGCGCGACUAAAAAGCAGUUGUUUGGCGAAUUGGAGAGUGCUGUUCCUGUUACCACAUUCUUGUUCCUGGCUAAACUAUUUGCAAAGAACAGACAGCAUAUCAUCGACCUUGCUACAGGCGUCAACGUUCCAGAAGGAGAAGUGACAGUCCGCAUUCUUCACAUUCUAGCUAAAGUAACCGGCCUUUUCGAACAUUACACACGGAUCACUAACAAUACUCCAUUCCUUGAGUGCGUGGUUAAGAUUCUGAACGAGAUCAACACUAAAAAACCCAUCAGAUUCGAUCAACCAAAAGAGGAGGUAACACCAGACGGCUCAUUCGCGAUCAGGAGAGAGUUGAUACGAGUAAUAACGAACAUGUGCAGUAAAAACAAAGCUCAUCAGGAUAAAGUUCGGUUGCUGGGCGGAGUACAUACAGUGUUGAACCAUUGCGUAGUUGACCAGCAGAAUCCGUAUCUCCAACAGUGGUGCAUUGUCGCUCUACGCAUGCUCAUGGAUGACAACCAAGAAAACCAAGAUAUUAUAAGAGGACUCCAGAAUCAGAAUAUUGAAAACAAUGAAGCUAUGAAGCAGCUUGGGAUCGAAGUCGCCAAAAUGGACGGGGAUAAGCCGCGUGUUGCGGUCGUGCAUCCUACAGAGCCUGAGAAUUGAUUGCUAGUUUCAUGCGAAUUUUGUUACGGAACAAUCGGGUGCGCGCAGCGCUAUCACUAAUUUCACGCGCGUACUUUCGUGGGGUUGCUCGAUCGAUCUAAUGUUCGUUCUUCAUCGAUGCUGUUGACGAGAGGGUGUUACUAUGGAGAUACAGGAUACUCUAUGCCACCUGAGUGUUAUAGAGCUUCCACACUGUGAUUUUAUUCAGGAAUUCAUAUCAUUCGAUGCAAUACAGUUAUUUAUCAACCAUUAAAAUUGAAUUGUUGGA